GGUGUGCUGGAAACCGGGCAGGGCCAGGGGAGGGGACUCCCGGGGGGAGGGAAAAGGGAACCGCACGCGGGUGGGAACGCGGAGCCAGAGGGCACUCUGGGCAGUGCUGGGCGCCCGCGGAGUGGACCAGGGCUGGUGGAGCGCACAGGAUCACAGCGUCCCGGCCACCCUCGGUCAGAGGGCGCUGUAUCCAGCGAGCCAACGGGUGCCCCGGAGCCUCGCGGAGAGGCAGCUCUGGGCUUUGCCAGGUGUAAAGUCAAUACUGAGACCCCAGAUGUGUCCAGAGACAUCCUGAAGAGGCUAGGGGUUUGAGGAGCCUUAGGGUGUCCACAAAGAGAGCCUGAAACUGACUGAGAGCCAGCGGAUUUGUCAGCUGUCUGAGCUUCUACCAAGUCUUCCCCCACCUCAAUCACUAUUGCUAUGGAGACUACCAAUGGAACUGAGACCUGGUACAAGAGCAUGCAUGCUGUACUGAAGGCUCUAAAUGCCACUCUUCACAGAAACGUGCUCUGCCAGCCAGGGCCAGGGCUGGAUCCAGGGCCAGACAACCAGACUGAAAAGCGGCAGGCCAGCCAACCUGGCCGUGAUGACAACUCCUACAUGUACAUUCUCUUCGUCAUGUUUUUAUUUGCUGUCACUGUGGGCAGCCUCGUCCUGGGAUAUACCCGCUCCCGCAAAGUGGACAAGCGUAGUGACCCCUAUCAUGUGUACAUCAAGAAUCGUGUGUCUAUGAUCUAACACAAGAGGGCCGGGAUGGUGGAAGACCGAGACACCUGGGGAUUGUGUCUGGGGCCUCCAGAACUCUGCUGUGGACUGCAUCAGGUCUCAGUGUACCUAUCUGUAAGAUCAACAAGAAACAGGGCUAAGGGAGGUCAUCACUGGGGUGGGAGAAUAGGGGCUGGCAGACCACAGCCUUGUGCAUAAGGAUUUUUUUCCAGGAAAAGAUAAACUUUAUAAACAUUGGGAGCCCAUGAACAAACAUAUAAAAGUAGCAACAGAUAAUGACCAA